AUGCGUUACGCUCUUGUCGCUCCCGUCCUUUUGGCGGUCAUGGCACUCGCCGUUCCCGUCCCCAGUCAGAACGAUGUGAUCGGUGACGCUGGUGUUGCUGUUAACCUCGGCGGUGACAAGACCGUUGGUGUUGCCAUGCGUGAUGUCAUUGGCGAUCUCGGUGUCGCUGCCAACGUUGGCGGUGAUGCGACUGCCGGUGUCGCGAAGCGUGAUGGCCCAGAUGACGUUAAUGUUGAUGCUGAUGCCGCCGCCGACAUUAGCGCUGAUGCUAGUGUCGAUGUCAAGCGUGAUAGCCUAGAUGACAUUGGUGUUGAUGCCGAUGCCGCUGCCGACGUUAGCGGUGAUGCUGCCGUAGAUGUCGCUAAGCGUGGUGGUGGCGGCGAUGAUGACUCCGGCUCUGAUGUUAUCGACAACCUUGGUGCGGCUGUCAAUGUCGGCGGCGCAGAGACCACCGGAGUUGCCAAGCGCUCUAAGGAGGAUGUCAUUGGCGAUCUCGGCAUUGCUGCUAACGUCGGUGGUGACAAGACCACUGGAGUUGCAAAUUGA